AUGUGCCUCGUCUCUCUCGCGGGCUUCGAAAAGCAGAAGAAGCUCGCGAAACACGCCUCGACCUACGGCGGCCCGGCGCAGCCGUCCAUCGGCGAGCGGAAGCCCGCGGACAAGGCGAGGAAACAGGCGGGCGCGAUCGGGAAGAAGAAGCCCAAGAGCGGGGCCAAGGCGGGCAAGAAGGAGCGGAUAGAGCAUAUAGGCGGCGAACACCCAGGUGGCUGGCGCCCUGAGGCGGCAAUUGGUGGCGUGGGGAGUGCGGAGAACGCUACUGGCGGCGCGACAGGGCCUCUCUCGAGGGCGCCGGCCGCGUGUAAGAAGUGGCUGGCGGCCUGGCGCCCUGAGGCGGCAUUUGGUGGGGUCAGCGUGCGGAUUAUGUCCCUAAAGCCGUAG